CUCCUUUGAGCACAUAAGUGGUUGCACAUUUGGGAACCGCAAGGUCCGCAACCCUCUUCUGGUUCUCUCGAUCUCUCAAUCUGAAGUGGAGCUUGCGUAAUCGGCUCAGCUUUUUCCAAGGGAUAAUGUUGGACUCACAAGAUGUAUAGGUUCUUUUUUAUGUUUCCCUGUUUCUUUGAUUCUUUGCGCGAUUUGAGAGAGAUGAGAGAUUUCAACGAAUCAGGUAGUGAGUUGUACUGAGGAGAAGUGAGUCUGUAUCUUAUGGCAAAACGAGCUUUGCAGCUAUUCGUGAGUAGAUUGUCAUUUUACACAACAAACAAGGAAUUAAGGAGGUUAUUUUUGCCUUUUGGUGAUAUUAAAGAAGCAAGGCUUGUGAUAGAUCAUAGAACCCAGAGGCCUAAAGGAUUUGGAUUCGUCACCUUUGAAUCAGAAACUGAUGCCCACAAUGCUUUGAAGGCUUUGAAUGGCAAGAUUAUUAAUGGCAGACUAAUUUUUGUUGAAGUUGCUAAGACCACUACACCAGGGGAAAGUUAACCUACU